UCGUCAGCUAUAUCCCAAGUCGGAACGAAUCGAAUCGCUUACAUCGCCCGCCGUCGUUCGUCGCCCAGUCAAAUUUGUGUGUUGCGCCAAUUUCAGCGGGGGCCAAAAUCAAUAAUCUGGUUGUGUGAUUUUCGCGGCUUUUUUUUUGUGUUUUCUUUUAAAAAACAAUCAAUACCCGAAGAAUGGGCACAGAAACCAAGAGCAACAGUUACACAGGACAGAUUUCAACAAGUGGCGGCAACCCCAAAGUGAUGAAAGAUUCUUUAUCCUUAGUUCGUCAGACGGUCAAUCAGCAAUCGCAAUCGAACCAGGUCCAGAACCAAUUGAAUUCGAAUUCAAAUUCAAAUACAAAUAUAAAUACAAAUACCCAAAGCGAGCACGAAAACGAACUGAAUACGAGUGAUAUUCGACAAAAGCAGGAGGAUAAAUCAAGAAAAGAGGCGAUUGUACCCUUUGUCCCCAUAUUUGUUGAAGAGGCUGACGUGAUCCAAGGGGCCAAGGAACUGUUGAAGGUUAUUCGACCUACCUGGGACCUCAGCCACGUCGAGUUUAAGAGUUUUACCGAUGGAAUCACAAACAAACUGGUCGGAUGUUUCCACAAAGAAAUUUCUAAAUUGAGAGAUGAGAACGGCGGAUCGUAUCUACCUAUCAAGUCCGAGGAUCCAGUCAUCAUCGAGAAGGUCGACGAUGAGUUGUUCACAGACCAAAAUCAGACGACUGACGACGACGGGGCACUUGUACAGUACUCCGAUAACGUAGUGCUGGUGAGGAUAUAUGGCAACAAGACGGACCUACUGAUAGAUCGCAAGGCGGAGACCCAGAACUUUCUACUAUUGCAUACGUACGGCCUGGCACCGUCGCUGUAUGCGACUUUUAAGAACGGUCUCGUCUACGAAUACGUACCUGGAACCACCCUGAAUACGGACAGUGUGCUCUGUCCAGAGAUUUGGCCCCUGGUGGCCCGUCGCAUGGCCGAGAUGCAUCGCAAGGUGAGGAAGCACGGGGAAAGUUCGGCGACGGUUAAACCAAUGCCGAUGAUUUGGAAGAAGACGCAGAGCUUUCUCGAUUUAGUACCUGAACGUUUUAGUGAUGCUGAAAAACACAAAAGAGUGAAAGAAACGUUUCUACCUAUCGGCCGCCUGCGCGAGGAGUUCAACAAGCUAUACGAAUACCUUGAGGCUCUGAACAGUCCGAUUGUCUUCUCCCACAACGACCUUCUGCUGGGCAAUGUCAUCUACACGCAGAGCCUGAACACGGUCAACUUCAUCGACUACGAGUAUGCCGACUACAAUUUCCAGGCCUUCGACAUUGGCAAUCACUUUGCGGAGAUGUGCGGCGUGGAUGAGGUCGACUAUUCGCGCUACCCGAAGCGCGAGUUCCAGCUCCAGUGGCUGAGGGUCUAUCUGGAGGAGUACCUGCAGCGCAGCCACAUUCAGACGGAGGAGGUCGAGCUGCUGUACGUCCAGGUCAAUCAGUUUGCGCUGGCAUCGCAUAUCUUCUGGACGGUGUGGUCCCUGCUGCAAGCCGAGCAUUCCACCAUCGAUUUUGACUACGUUGGCUAUGCAUUUCUUCGUUACAAUGAAUACUUGGCCCGAAAGGUGGAGUUUUUGUCAUUGACUGCAGCAAAGAACAAUAAGUGAAGUGAUUUCUCACUCCCGGCCGGCCACUCACCGCAUUGGGAGUAACUAAAUUAUGAUGUGCCCAGUGAUAUAUGUAUAAACUAAGGCUGGAACGGGUGUCAAUGUUAUACAUAUGUAUAUAUAUAACGUGUGUUCAGAAAUCAGAAACAAAACCUAAAUUAGUGUCGUGUUCGUGCCAGCCUUAGUGUAUGUACAGUGCUCACUCGAGACAGUGGACUAUUGAAGAAACCGAAAACCGAGGGUGUGCACUGAAUCGAAUUUGUUCACUAUAACGAAUCACAGAAAAAAAAAAUAAUAAACAUAUUUUUAAACAACACGUUUUCCAAAAAGAAUUCUUCGUUUUUUUUUUUAAAUUAAACAAUCAUUUUUAAAGUUUCCUGAAUAAAUUGUUCACUCUUACUAUAAAAGUUCACAUAACCGAGUGUUCACUCUUAAGAGAGGGCACUGUAUAUAUAAAGAAUUUGUAUAUGUUCUUUAAUUUGUAUAAAUUGAUAUUUUGUAGUCAUAAAUAAAGCGAAGGUAUGUACUUUAAAAUAUAAA